AUGUCUAUCCCAAACGAGGCCUUGCAAAGGCUCGUCCAGGAGAUUGAAAUCCAGGCCAUUCAAGCCCAGCAACAAAUCAGUACUGUCAAAUCACAGAUAGCCCUCAAGCAACGCGAAAUUCGCAUGCUCCAACUGACCUCGAGCGAGGUGUCUACCUUGCCAGCUGAUACACCGGUCUACGAGGGUGUUGGCAAAAUGUUUGUCUUCAACCCUAUUCCGGAUGUCGAGAAGAGGUUGACGACCGAAACAUCGGAGCUGAAGGCGGAUGUUGAAAACUUGGGGAAGAAGCUUCUGUAUCUAGAGACUACGCACAAGAAUAGUCGCGAGCACAUUGAUCAGAUCUUCAAGAGCGGCGGAAAAGCAUGA